GACGCUAGGGGGGUCGGCGGGUUCUCUGGCCUCACUCUCCUUCCCCUCUCGGACCCCAGCCCUGCAGCAGGGCCUGUCGGGAGUUGUAGUCCCAAGGCGGCGGCCGCGCGCGGCGGCGAAGAUGCGGGGCGCCGCCUGUCCCCGCCUCCCCCUAACCUGCUAGCGCGAGGUGGGGAGCACUGGGGAGGAGGUGUCGGGUCGGUGAUUGGCCAAGGCCGCCUCCAGCCCCCACCCACGUCCCCUCCCCAGCUCCCGGCUUCCGACUCCAGCGCCCCGCGCGCCAAGGCGGCGAUCGAGCGAGCGCGCGUGCAGCCGCCGCCGCCCCGAGCACCCGCAGCUCCCGCGCCGCGGCGAGACCGAGGAGAGACGGAUCGACCGACGGACCCUCGCAGCCGCAGCAUCCCGGAGGAGAACAUGCUUGCCAAUUCAGGCAGCGUGAGGAUUCUCAUCAAGGGAGGCAAGGUGGUGAACGAUGACUGCACCCACGAGGCUGAUGUCUACAUAGAGAAUGGCAUCAUCCAGCAGGUGGGCCGUGAGCUCAUGAUCCCUGGCGGGGCCAAGGUGAUCGAUGCCACUGGGAAGCUGGUGAUCCCUGGAGGCAUUGACACCAGCACCCACUUCCAUCAGACCUUCAUGAAUGCUACGUGUGUGGACGACUUCUAUCAUGGGACCAAGGCAGCCCUCGUUGGAGGCACCACCAUGGUCAUUGGCCACGUCCUGCCCGAUAAGGAGACCUCCCUUGUGGAGGCGUACGAGAAGUGCCGGGGUCUGGCCGACCCCAAGGUUUGCUGUGACUACGCCCUGCACGUGGGGAUCACCUGGUGGGCACCCAAGGUGAAAGCAGAAAUGGAGACACUGGUAAGGGAGAAGGGUGUCAACUCGUUCCAGAUGUUCAUGACCUACAAAGACUUGUAUAUGCUUCGGGACAGUGAGCUGUACCAGGUGUUGCACGCUUGCAAGGACAUUGGAGCAAUCCCCCGAGUCCAUGCUGAGAAUGGGGAGCUUGUGGCCGAGGGUGCCAAGGAAGCGCUAGAUUUGGGUAUCACUGGCCCAGAAGGAAUCGAGAUCAGCCGCCCAGAGGAGCUGGAAGCUGAAGCCACUCACCGAGUCAUCACCAUUGCAAACAGAACUCACUGCCCGAUCUACCUGGUCAACGUGUCCAGCAUCUCGGCCGGUGAUGUUAUUGCAGCUGCUAAGAUGCAAGGGAAGGUUGUGCUGGCCGAGACCACCACGGCGCACGCCACGCUGACCGGCUUACACUACUACCACCAGGACUGGUCCCACGCGGCCGCCUACGUCACGGUGCCUCCACUGAGACUGGACACCAACACCUCAACCUACCUCAUGAGCCUGCUGGCCAAUGAUACUCUGAAUAUUGUGGCAUCAGAUCACCGGCCUUUCACUACGAAGCAGAAAGCUAUGGGCAAGGAGGACUUCACCAAAAUCCCGCAUGGAGUGAGUGGCGUGCAAGACCGCCUGAGUGUCAUCUGGGAGAGAGGAGUGGUUGGCGGAAAGAUGGACGAGAACCGUUUUGUGGCUGUUACCAGUUCCAAUGCAGCAAAGCUUCUCAACCUGUACCCCCGCAAAGGCCGCAUCAUCCCCGGAGCUGACGCCGACGUGGUGGUGUGGGACCCCGAAGCCACAAAGACCAUCUCAGCCAGCACCCAGGUGCAGGGAGGAGACUUCAACCUGUACGAGAACAUGCGCUGCCAUGGCGUCCCCCUGGUCACCAUCAGCCGGGGCCGAGUCGUGUAUGAGAACGGUGUCUUCAUGUGUGCGGAGGGCACUGGCAAGUUCUAUCCCCUGAGGUCCUUCCCGGACACUGUCUACAAGAAGCUAGUCCAGAGAGAAAAGACCUUAAAGUUUAAGGGAGUGGACCGAACUCCCUACCUGGGAGAUGUCGCUGUUGUCGUGCAUCCUGGGAAGAAGGAAAUGGGAACGCCCCUCGCAGACACUCCCACCCGGCCUGUUACCCGACACGGGGGCAUGAGAGACCUUCAUGAGUCCAGCUUCAGCCUCUCUGGUUCUCAAAUCGAUGACCAUGUUCCAAAGCGAGCUUCGGCUCGGAUCCUCGCUCCCCCUGGAGGCAGGUCAAGCGGCAUUUGGUAAAGGCACUGACCAGCCCCCCAAGUGAGGACGCACCGCUGCCACCAGCCCGCACACCCUCCGGCCACGGCUGCAGGGGGCGGGAGAGGCUGGGCUGGGCGGCGUACCACCUGAGGGGGGCCACGGGACCCGGGGGGGCCCUCCCCAUGUCUGACACGUGAUUCACUGUGCUUUGAGCCAACCCCUAACAGGCACUUUGAGAUGUGUUCCUCCCGCUGCAGUCCUUUCCUGCCUUGGCCCCGGCAGGCUUUUGGGGGCCCAGCAAACCCACACUAUGCACAGAACCCAAUGCAUAGAGCCCGGCCCAGCCCCUCCUCUCACACCCGCCUCCACCUGCUGGCCUUGGGAAAGCCCAGCCUCGAGUGCCCCGCCCCCUGGCCCACCCGCCAGCUGUCCGGAGCACUUUAGCAGAUGUGUGUUGGAGGAAAAGGACCCCCUCCCCCUAAGGAGGCCCUGUGGUCACUUCUCCCAAGUCAGACAGGUGUUGGCUUCCCAGCCAUGCCCAGGGUGUCCUGUUUCUCCUGACUCUGUGCUGGCCCCUGUGUGGGUGUGGCAGGGACACUGCACCCUUGGCCAGCUUCUUCCUCCUCCCACCCCAGCCUGGGGGGGGGGGCACGGGCCCCGAGGGGCUCGCUGGGCGGGGCACAGGGCUGGUGCCAGGCGCGUGUACAUGAUUUUGUUUUGCACGUUUGGUUUGCGCAGUGGUUUGGUUUGACUUGUUUGUGCACCCUGUGAACAAUAACGGUGCUUUGUGUCACUAGCAUAGCUUAGAAACAGGAGUAGAUGUGGACCUAAGAGAUGCUGCACUCGACGCCGACCAGACAGCCUAGGGCACAGACCAGGAGCGGGGUGGGGUGCUGGACUCACGGGCCCUUCUUCUCCCCCGCCUGUUAUCUUCCAGGCUGCCGCGGUCCCGUCCCAGGCUCUCCUCCUGUCCCCUCCCCUCCUGGGGUAGUUUCCUACAUUCUGCGGCCGGCGCCUGGUACGCCAGGCCUGGGGAACUCCGGGAGCAAGAGUCAGCCUUCCCAUCUCUGGCUCCGGCCACUCCCAGCACUCACACCCCCAAACACCCUGUUUCCCGUAAACUCCCCCCGCUGGACCGAGGCCCAGCCGCUCCUCCCGUGUGAUUGGCAAGAGGCCUCAUGCCUGCUAAGAGAGGGAGAGCGGGACUCAGGAGUGAGCGGGUUAGAUGCCAGGGAAGGAGGCCAGGCCGAGAACCCACAUUGCUACACGGGUGCUGUGGCCGCCUGGGGUCCGCACCUCCCUGUCCCCUGCUCAUGGCCUCCGUCUCCUCCCACGUCUGGUUGGGCUCUCCCUGCCUCGGAAGCGUGGGGAGGUUUCCAAGGAAACGCUAGAGGCUGGGUGAUCUCCAUCCACCCUGAGUGAGCAGGGGGCAUCCCAGCCACCCGCCCUUCUUAAGCCUCACCCUCCGGUCAGGGAGGUGAUUUCAUGUUGCACAUUCGCUUUGCGCACCCCGGGCUUGCGCUGGGGCCUCGGGCUAGUGGUCUACCCUGCCCAUGUCUUCACUGCUUCACAUGCUUUCAAAGCACUUCCGUAUAUGAGUUCUCCAGUGCCCCACACAACUGCAGAACAUGUGUUGUUCUCCCCAUUUCAUAGACGAGGCCCAGAAAGUUCAGGCCUUCUGACCCCAUGAGUGUCCAUGCCGACCCUUAAGAGCGGGCUGUCUACCCCACUUGUGGAAAGGAAGAGUGGGUGGCGUUUCUUGUAGAUCCCACCUGGGAAUGGAACCAUCCAGAAGAUUUACUCCCUUGGUAGGCAUUCUGCUUUGCAGAAUUCUGUUUUGCACAGGUAGAUCGACCUUUCUUAUAAACCUGCUAACGCCUGUUCAGUCGGAGCCAGAACCUGUUAAAUGUUGGGGGCUUGCCACGUGGCUUGAGCUGCCGCCACAUCCUCCUUUCUUACUCAUAUUUCUCGCUUAGGAGCUGAAAGGACAGAGACGGUACCCCAGGGAGCAGAGGCAACAAAGGCACUCGUGGGGCGGGUGGCAACCACAGGGACAGUAGGUAGGGAUCUGGGCCUCGGAAGCCGUGACACUGACCCCUCGGUCCAGUGUACAUCAUCAUCUUCAUCCCAGCCCUUUGCUGGGUCGUGGGCCUUGGGCAGAUGCCAAAGAGCCGAGCAGUGGUGGCAGCCAGCGGGCACAGCAUCCUUGCUUGGGCUAAGAAAGCUUUACCUUCUCUGAGUGCCUCCGCCCAAGUGAUGCACGGUCCAUGGGAUGUGGCUCUGGGAGGCCGCAUCUUGGAGCGGCCCCCAUGGGCCUUCCAGUUCAUCUUACCCCCCCACACACACACACACAUAUAUCCCCGAUCCUUCCACAGACCCCGCCCUUGCCCAGGAGCUUCUAGAUGAAAAUCAGAAGGAGGUUCAAGGGACCAAAGGAACCAUCAGCCCCCGCCUCCACCCCUCUGCAGCCCCACUCCUUGCCCCCAUGCAGAGCUCCAGCGAGCUCCAUCCUUGGCCCCACUGCUCCUGGUUGGAAUGCCAAGGGUCUUCGGUUGCACUGAAUGCAGCUCUCAAACUGGUCUUGUACUUGCUGAAUAAAUACUGUUGUUCUUGCCUUAGCUGCUCUCUAGGUUUGUGGGAUUAAGUUACCAGAAAAUUGUGCUCCCGUGUGUGCGUGUGUGUGCGUGUGUGUAGUGCUAGGAGUCCACAGUAGGUCUCUGUCAAGCCAAUGCCGUGAGGAAGGCUUUUCCAGUACUCACCCAGAAACCACAGAAGCACGCGAAAACCCAAACCCCAGCUGCCCGGGAGGCAGGCACGGCCUGGGGUCGGGUCGGGGCCUCCAGCACCCAAGUGACUUCUCACUCUGUAAAUGUCAUGGUGCUACGACCGUGUCAACCCCAAGACGACACAUGGUCCUGUGCUUUGGCCACCUGUUUGAGGCAAAGACAAAACAGCCCGACACAUUGUGUUCUGGUGCAGGUUUGUAUUAAACUGUAGCUACUUCUCA